GCAGUGGCAGUUCACAUUUAGUACGAACACCUUAGAGCAAGUUACCUCUGCCAAAAUGAAUUGCAAUUCCUACUACCUAGCUGUUGUCUUGCUGUUGAUUGCAACUGACGUAUCAGCAUCAUCCGCAAGCCGGAAACUGCUGGGCGCCACGAAACCGCCGCCAUCCCCAUCUCCAUCUCGAAAGCCACCUUCGCCUCCGCCGCCACCUCCGUCACCAUCUCCACCGCCUCCCUCCCCGUCACCUCCAUCAUCAUCUCCGCCGCCACCCUUUCCUCCGGCAGACUGCACCACUCCGACACUCCUCUGGUCAGACGAGUUCGAUGGCGCCGCUCUGGACACCACCUCCUGGAACUACUGGAUUGGCAAAGCCUACAAUAAUGAGCUCGAGUACUACACCAACCGCACCGACAAUGUACGGCUGGCGAACGGCAGUUUGGUUAUUGAGGCGCGCUCUGAAACCUACGGAGGCAUGAACUUCACUUCAGCCCGCAUCGACACACGGCUCAAGCAGGCCUUCUAUCCGGGAAUGAGCGCGGGGGGAAAUGUGUUUGGCAGGAUCCGCUUCGAGGCCAGGAUGAAGCUGCCAAAGGGUCAGGGUGUGUGGCCCGCUUUCUGGCUGUUGCCUAACAGCAAGAUCUGCGACGCAUGCGGGCCGUACGGAUCUUGGCCGUACUCUGGCGAGAUCGAUAUCAUGGAGGGCAUUAACAACAUGACCUACUCGUACGGCACCCUGCACUACGGCAACUACCAACAGUCGGGCAGCAGGUUUCGCCCCACUUCCGUCGAGCUGGGCCUGGAGUGGCACACGUUCGCCCUGGAGUGGGCCGCUGACCAGAUGUGGUGGUAUGUCGACAAUGUGCUCGCCUUCACCCAGCACAGUCGCUCUCUGUCCGACGCGGGAUGGUGGACUUCGAGCCAGACCACCACCCCCACGGGCCCCAACUCGCCCUUUGACGCGCCCUUCUACAUCAUUCUCAACCUGGCAGUGGGCGGCGACUGGCCGGGGCCGCCGAACGCCUCCACCGCCUUCCCCGCGCAGCUGCUAGUGGACUAUGUGCGGGUGUCGGGAUACUAAUGAGCCGAGGGUUGGGGGAUAAUGAGUGGUGAACUGGGUGUAAGGGUGUCGGGAUAGGAUAAUAUGACGAGCAGAGGUACCGUGAGCAGGGGUUUGUGGUUACUGAGUGGUUGAGGAAAGGUGAGGAAGGAGUGGAGUUGUGAUGGAGGUCGUCGGGAGUGGUUGUGGAGGGUGGCUUGGGUCAUGGGGUCUGCUGUCUCGCAUGAUUGUGCUUGGAGCUUAGAUGGUUAGGGAUUAGCUGAUCGUAGCGAAAUGAAACUUCUUUUAGAAUGUUGGCAUCAGCACGUUGGGCCUUCUCACCCCCGAUAGGUUUAGGGGGUUUAGGGGGUUUAGUUGUUAUGAUGGUUUUUCUUACAUAUACGUUUGGUGUCUUUAUAUAGCUACCGGUACUGCUAAUGGACUGCGGUAUCGUAUGUGGCGGAAGGUGCGGAGGUAGGGGCCUACAGGCGGGUUGCGUGAAACCCCGGUGCGGCUGACAGGUUGGGGCUAGGGCACGACCGAAAGGAGUGCGACACGUCCUGUUUAGUGGUGUCCCCUGUGUUUGUACAUACGAGGUAUAUGUUGCAGGGACAAGUUCCCUUGGUAUAAAUCUUUGCACAUUUCGUGAUACGCUACACUGUGUACACAAGGUGUACACGCUUGGCGCUGUUGGGAUGUAGGCGUGUGCGUGUGUUUGGUCCUACGAGGUGUCAAGUAUGACAAACCCCUAGAGCAUGUCGGGAAUACCCCUAACACGAGUCGGAUACGUAUGAUGUAACUCAAGGAGAAGAGCCG